GAGAGAGCAACUAAGAGAGAGGGAGGAAGACAGAGCAAUGCUAUUGGUUGACCGUUAUAACAUCAAGCGUGAUAGAAAUAUUUCUCUCGCAGUCUAAGAAAAAGAGGUAGAGACAGAGACAGUAGACUCAGGAAACACAUGCAGGUCUGUUUUCAAAAAGUAGUAGUAGAAAAAGGACUUUAGAAGAAAGAAAGAAAGGCAAAUGAGAAAGGGGGAGCUAGAGGUGGACUAAUUAACUUAUGACUUCUGAGGGUUAUGGAGAUUUUUGCUUAUGAAGAGAAGAGAUUUCUAAGUCAGAGUACAUGCGACUCAAAAUGUAGAUUCUGCAGGUUUCUGGUUAAAUUCCCCCCCUUCCCCCCCACCCGAGAAUUUAUUACCCUGCACGUCAGCAUAGACAAAUCUCAAUGAUUUUGGAGAAAUCUGAGGGAUGCGUCUGAGGGAAAGAUGCAGAGCAGAGAAUUGUGACAUGGUGCCGACCCAAAUUGACAGAGACAAGGACAGAUUGGACUGCUCGGUGGCAGACACGUCUCCAACCAGACACAGAGCAACAGAUGAACUGAAAGCCAUACGACAAACUACUGAAGUAUCACAAGCCAUAACCAUCUCAGACCAUAAUCCUCAGCGUUUUUAGUAUCGACAAGAAUCCUGUGCUUCUGCUGUCAGCGUGUCACUCAGACUCUUUGAGGCUUGCGUUGCUGUGAGCAAAUCAAAAUGUGUAGGCUUUGUCUAAAAAGAAACUACAUGGAGGAGGAGGAAAAGGAGACAGACAUCUUGCCUGUGAGAGACUAAUAAAAGAGCAUCAAGCCAACGAGAGACAACUGUGGCUAUGAACAGACAAAUAAGUGCUUCCUAAAUCAAAGCAUUAACUCAGUGGUCGUGCUGCUGUCACACAAAAAAGAGACAAAGACAUGAGUGGAAGACCGGGAAGCCAAGCAGGUUAUUGAUUGUUACUAAAACUGCUCUACCUACCUGGACAACACAGACUCCUCCUCGCAUCGGAGGGGGAAAACAGACAAUAACCUCCACUAAAAGGAGGGAGGGCGAUCGCCAGAUAGAGAAAGAGAGCAGGGGAGAAAUCCCCUCUCUCUCUCUCGACCCAUCUCGUCGUCAGGCUGGCGGACUCUGCCGUGGCAUUCACCUUUGCGGCCUUCUGCUACAUGCUCACCUUGGUGCUGUGCGCUGCUCUCAUCUUUUUUGUCAUAUGGCAGAUCAUCGCAUUUGAUGAGCUUCGCACAGACUUCAAAAACCCCAUUGAUCAGAGCAAUCCCACCAGAGCGAGGGAAAGGAUUCUAAACAUUGAAAGAAUCUGCAACCUUCUCCGUAAAUUGGUGGUACCGGAGUACUCCAUCCACGGGCUCUUCUGCCUGAUGUUCAUGUGUGCUGGAGAGUGGGUCACACUUGGCCUAAAUAUCCCGCUGCUCUUCUACCAUCUGUGGAGGUUUCUUCAUCGGCCAGCUGACGGGUCAGAGGUCAUGUAUGAUCCCGUCAGUGUGAUGAACGCCGACAUUCUCAAUUACUGCCAGAAGGAGUCCUGGUGUAAGCUGGGUUUUUAUCUGCUCUCUUUCUUCUAUUAUCUCUACAGUAUGGUCUAUGCCUUGGUGAGCUUCUAACAGACAGGAUGUCUGGAAGAAUAAAAGGAAGUAUGUGGAAUAAAUGGAGACAUCAACUAUUCCUCCCCUUAUGUAUCCUUCCCAUCACUGGCUUGGGUUUUCAACAACCUAACCCUGGACCAAACAAGAAGACCAAUCUGUGUGAUAAUGUGAAUGUAAAGGCCUCCACUCGAUUAUAUCGCUUUAACCUUAGACUGCUGUCGGAACAUGGACACAGUUUUGAAGGAUUGAAACGAAACAGAACGAGGACGCAGCAGGUGUGUUGCCUUUGACCCAUUAAACAAAUUAACAAUAUAUUUCUGAAGGGCUGGAGUUUUCCCAUGCUGCGCUUGCUGAUCCAGUCGCUCAACUCACUGUGAAUCUCCAAACACUUAGGGGCUGGAAAACAACAAAAUGUGUCUGUACUCUUUGACUUUGAGGAUUAUUUUGGUAUCAUUCCAUGUAUUUAGGAUGAUAGACACCUCGAAUAUCAAACCACUGCUUUGAUUGUGGUACAGGUACAAACAACUGGAAGAAACAGGUUAAAUUGUACAGGAGGACUUUACACUGUAAGAAAUGCAGAAGGCCUGGGAGGGGAAUAACAGUUUGGUGUGUGCACUUUUAACGAGGAUAGAGAUAAAGCAUAGACCAACAAAACAUCUCCUUGACGCCAGCCUCUGCCAAAAGUCAAAUUCCAUACUGUAACAAAAACAAUGAAUUAAUCAUAAGUUUGACUGCAAGGGUCAGUGCUUGUAAUGUGUGUUCAAAAUAAGUAUGUCCAUAGCUGUAAGGGCGUAUUUCCUGCUAGGUUCACGCUUAUGAAAGAGCAUCAUGCUCAGACAUUUAAUGCCAAAAGUUUAUGUCUGGAAAAACAUUGUGCCAAAUAAAAUAAAAUAGGACAAGUGAAAAGAAAAGUGACGAUGCAGUAUCUUCAUGUAUGUGCAAAGGCACUGUCGUGUCUUUUUCUUCACUUACUGUAACACAUUUCAUUUUGUGACAAUGCUUUUUUUCUUGAUAAAAAUAGAAAGAAACUUAGUUUGGUUGGUUUUUAGUUUGCAGGGAGCGCCUUAUUCCUAUUUCCAGUUUACUCUUACUCAUCUGCAUCUAUACUAUAGUCAUUUUAGCACAGAAACCUUUUCUCUGAUCCGAGGUAGAAUAUAGAAAUUUCAUGUACAAAAAGCAAUUAAAAACAGCAAACUAUCAAUGUGAUAUGAUAUUCAGUGUAAGUAUUAGUGAGUGGGACACAAGUGGCAGAUGAUACAAUAAUGACUCUAUGACAACGUUUCCGUUAUUUCAGAAGUGUAAAAAUAUGAAAGUCAUCUUAACACAUCUACUUUCAUACAGUUUCAGAAGGGACAGGCGUAAUAUGUUGCUGAUGACUAAAAUCUGUAACAGCAAAGCCUGUCCUCAGCUGGUGUUGCCUUUUACUAUCAUGUGUUCAUUAGUUUGAUCUAUUAGUAGAUAAGUGAUGGUUCAAAUGUGUGAUUUUAACAUCGAUAGAAAAACAAACAAAGAGAACAAACUGUGAUGUUCGUCAUACACCGGCUUUACAUGUAAUAAAUGGUAGUAAUGACACAUCUGGUAUAUAAGCUGUGGGACUCACUUAGGACAAUAAGGUCUUAUUGAAGCCUAUUGAAGUAGUUUCUAAUUAUUUCAAAAGAAUUCCUAAACUAAAACAUAAAGAUUUAACACUAGUUGUGUCACUGAUAUGAAGUAUUUUUUUCAUUCUUCAACAGGCAAAACUUAAACAGAGAAGACAGAAUACUUAAGAUUAUUGCUAUUACUACACAAAUAAUUUAACUAUACAUUUUGUGUAUGUUAGCAGGGGCGUCGGACCGGGGGAGGGGGGGGAAGGCCCCAAAAAGAAGCCAGAAUAGAGAAUAGAGAAUGCCUUUCUACAGGACCCAGUAUGAUAUGCUACGCCCCUAUGUGUUAUUAAUAUUAAUAACAUAUUAAUGACUAGCUUUAAAUACGUUUCAAUAGGAAGCAACUAUGAAUACCAACAUGAAUCAAAUAGCAACAGGCUGACAUUAUUCUAUUUUUAGUUAGUGUCAAUAAAUCCCAUGAAGUGACAAAACCAACAAUGUGUUCAUAUUCUGGACUUCCCUAUUCUGUCUGUGGCACUCAGCUCCAAUCUGUUUCUACUACAGCUUAUGAAACAGGUUACAAGUUUACUGUGUAAUCUUAAAGGUUAACUCAUUUCCUCAAACAGCCGGCCACUGUACUUUUUUUUCCGGAAAUGUCACUUAAAGAAGAUUAAAUAGAACAUUUCUUGGGGACUAUUUUCAGCCGGGGAUUGAUACAUGUUUCUGCAAUCCUGAGAAUUUACAGCUGCAGGACGGUGUUUGUUAUAGAAUAUAGAUUAUAGAACAUCACAAGUAUUAUCUUUUAAAUGAGAGUUUUAUUCCCUAUCAAACUAAUGUUCAAAAUUCAUCUGUAGUGACUGAGUCAUACAGUACAUUACAUAUGUAAAGUACACCAAUUAAA